AUGGGCUUUGAAACAAGUCAACCCAAAGGGAAGCCAGGCAGUCCAACGACAGAGUGUUGUGUGUUUAUGCGCAUUAUCCCUUUCGGGGCAGAGCCGAUCUCACGAAAAUUACGAGGCGAGAGCGACGCAAUUCAUCAUAAAGACCGCAAGAGAAGCGUGGCAAGGGAGAAGCCGAGCCGACGUUCCGCCUUCAGAAGACGUGCAUCUGGACGACGACAGCUGGCUGCAUGCACCUCUGAAGCGUGUACUUGUUUGAAAUGCUCCGAUGCUCCGCCUUCUACAGUAGUCACCAACGAGAGAGUAGAAGGACAAUGA